AUGCCGCCCAAAUCCCGCUUCAAAGCACCGCCAUCACCCUCCAAGGCAAACAAACCCAACGCCACCUCCGGCCCCGUCGUCCUCUACUGGCACCGCACCGACCUCCGCCUGCACGACUCCCCCGCCCUGACGCACGCCCUCUCGCUGCGGCCCUCGGCCUUCUACCCCGUCUGGACCUGGGACCCGCACUACGUCUACACGGCGCGCGGCGGCGCCAACCGCUGGCGCUUCCUGACCGAGUGCAUGGCCGGGCUGUCGGCCGGGUACGAGCGCGUCACGCGGGGAGACAACCGGCUGUGGGUGGUGCGGGAGGCGCCGGCGACGGUGCUGCCGAAGCUGUGGACGAAGUGGGGCGUGGAUGUGCUGGUGUUUGAGGGGGAUGGGGACUGGUAUGCGCGCAGCCGGGACGCGGAGGUGCGCAGGUUGGCCGAGGAGGCGGGCGUGCGGGUCGUGGUCAGGCAUGGGAGGACGCUGUGGGAGGAGGGGAAGGUGGUGGAGCGCAAUGGCGGUCAGCCGACGAUGAGUAUGGCGCAGUUGGUCAAGGCGACGCAGGGCUGCGAGGUCGAGCGGCCACAGGGAGAGCCGGGGGUUGUGCCGCCGCCGGGGUGCGAUGUGCUCCAGAGCUUGAAGGAGAUCGAGGAGGAGGGCCACCAAGUGCCACAGGCGGAGGGUUCGGUCGAUAUGAAUGAGGACGCGAGGACGAAGGGUCAGAGUAAAGAGUACGUGAGCCUGUUGGGGGCAAAUGGCGAUGCCGGAGUUCCCACACUGGAGGAAAUGGGCAUGGACCCCGGGGACGCAAAGAGUCCACAUCACGGUGGCGAAGAGAACGCGCUGGCCGAGCUCAAGCGAGUCCUGGACGACGAGGAAUACACCGCGACGUUUGAGAAGCCCAAGUCGGCACCCACCGACUUUUCUCCAAGGUCCACCACCGUGUUGAGCGCGCACCUACACUUCGGGAGCCUGGGCAUCCGCCAAUUCUACUGGGGCGUGCUGGACGUGUUUGACAAGAGGAAAAAGGCCGGCAAGCACGUGGCCGCGGAGCCGAUGAACCUGAUCGGACAGCUCAAGUUCCGCGACAUGUACUUCUCGGCACAGUACGCCAUCGGCGACGCCUUUCAGCGAGAGGAGGGCAACUCGGUCGUCAGGGUGGUCGACUGGUACCUGCCGAGUGAUGGCCAGGGGGGCUACGAAGUCGACAGCGAGGAGGCCGAGCAGUGGUUCCUGCGCUGGAAGGAGGGCAGGACGGGGUUUCCGUUCAUCGACGCGCUGAUGAGGCAGCUGAAGCAGGAAGGCUGGAUCCACCAUUUGGGGAGGCACAUGGUGGCGUGCUUCCUGACGAGGGGGGGCUGCUAUGUACAUUGGGAGAGGGGCAAGGAGGUGUUCGAGGAGUGGCUGAUCGACCAUGAGAGUGCCAGCAAUGCGGGCAACUGGAUGUGGCUGAGCUGCACAGCUUUCUUCAGCCAGUUCUACCGAUGCUACAGCCCAGUCAGCUUCGGCAAGAAGUGGGAUCCGCAGGGGACGUUCGUACGACAUUACGUGCCCGAACUGGAGAAGUUCGACAAGAAGUACAUCUACGAGCCUUGGAAGGCGCCCAUCGCCGACCAAAAGAAAUGGGGGUGUCAGAUCAAGGGCGAUGGUUCUUCCGACACAGGAGACGGCGCGACUACUGUAUACCCAAAACCAAUGUUUGACUUCAACGAAAGACGAGAAAUAUGUAUCAAUGGCAUAAAGCAUGCUUACAGCAUCGGCAUGUAUGGUACAGACAAGCGGCGACUGAGCGGCGAGUGGAAGAAGGUCUUUGGCAAGGAGGAGGGAGGUAAACCGGCAAAGGGCCAGAAGCGGGUCAGGGGUGCUGAUGCGGAUAAUGAGGGGCAUGAAAGUGAUGACGGUCAGGACGCUGAUCAAGGAGAUGUGACUGAAGAAGACAGGCCAAAGAAGAAGGCUACCAAGACGGCAAAAAGCGGAAAAGCACAGAUGAAGCUUGAUGCUAUGGUAACGAGGGGAAAAGAGAAAUAG